UGGGUGUGUCAUUUCCGCUCAUCCCACAUUGAUGUCCCUGUUCUCUGACUCCACAACAUAAACAUUACAGUCAUUAUACAGCAUUUACUCAAGCAGAACGAGUCGCUUCAGAACACUUAGGGUUUCAAAAUGUUCCUGUAUUUUGGAAUAGUAACGAAAAACCUCACAGGAAAGCAAAGUAUCCUGGUUUAAACCUCCUGUCCUCCAUAUUCCUGAUGCUUUGGACGAGAGGAAACAACUGAAGUACAUCGGACGAGGAGAAGAGACGUAAAUCCUAAAAUUUUACGUAUUUGCAACGGGGAAAGCUGAUAAUUUACUGCAGGUGAAGUGUUUAAACCCUGUAAAGACUGCAGAGAGCGUCAUUCGUCACCACCAUUGAAGACGAAACAAUUGGCCACAUGGAGAAUGGAGACUGGGCACACAUGAUGAUGGAUACGGUUACCCUAAAUGUUGGCGGCCAUUUGUACACCACAUCGCUGUCCACCCUCCAACGUUAUCCAGACUCUAUGUUGGGCGCCAUGUUCCGCGGCGAUUUUCCCACCACACGAGAUGCCCAGGGCAACUAUUUCAUAGAUCGAGACGGUCCUCUAUUCCGUUACAUCUUGAACUUUUUACGAACCUCAAAACUGACGCUACCAUGUGACUUCAAAGAAACAGAGCUCCCGAAGGAAGCAGACUUCUACCAGAUAGAGCCCUUGAUCCAGUGUUUAGGAGACAAUAAACCUCUCUACCCAAUGGACACCUUUGAGCAAGUGGUAGAACUGUCAAGCACUCGUAAGUUGUCCAAGUACUCAAACCCGGUGGCAGUCAUCAUCACCCAACUCACCAUCACCACCAAAGUUCAUGCACUGCUUGAAGGCAUCUCCAACAACUUCACCAGAUGGAAUAAACAUAUGAUGGACACCAGAGACUUUCAAGUGUCCUUUACCUUUGGACCAUGUGACUACCACCAAGAGGUGUCCCUUCGCGUACAUCUGGUGGAGUACAUCUCCAAGCAAGGCUUCACGAUUCGCAACACGCGAGUUCAUCACAUGAGUGAACGCGCCAAUGAGAACACGGUAGAACAUCAUUGGACAUUCUGUAGAGUUGCGCAGAAGGUUGAGGACUGAUUGAUGGUGCAUUCAUGUCAUGAUCCAUAAUUACAAUAACUUUGAGACUGUAGUUGAGCAAUUAUGAGUUUAAUGAAGACGUGAACAUUUUUUUUUAUGCUAGUUGCGACUCAAAAUUAGGGUAAUUUCGAAAUUACUUGAACACACCACAUUAGAGGUCUGCGCGGGGAUUUUUAAAUCCCGCUCCCGCAAGAUUAUUUACCGCUCCUGCCCACUUCUGCCAAAAAUAUCUUAGAUUUUAUCCCGCUCCCAACCGAAACGUUCACGUUUUGUCCUGUUCCCACCCACAAAAGCCUGAAGAUAGAGGUCUACGCUAAAUUUUUCAGUCCCAGUCCAGUUAGAUUCUGUCUCAUUCCUGUGUCUAUAGGCUAUUUUUUUCCAAUUUCUACACACACAACGCUUCAGAUCUCCAGUUACAGACUUCUGCGUGCUGUUAUUAUUCGAUAAUUAUAUUAUAUAUUAUAUAGCCCAUGAGUCAUUUCUUUCUCCCACUUCCAGUGCACAUAUCAGUACCUUCCCUCUCGUAUCCACACUAGACAAUUCAAAAAUUGUCCCACGCCCCACUCUGUUGCGUCGCGGAUUGCAGACUUCUACACCAUAUCUCCGCUGCAGUUCAUAGCUAAGAUAACCAACAAUGAACACAAUGGAAAUGUUUUCUGUAGUACAUGUUCAUGCGAACUAGUCCUAUUGUGUUUUAUGUGUCUUUCCACCCACUUCAGAAGUUUAUGGACAAGGAACCUGAACAACUUGUUUUUUUUUUCAUUUCUACAAAUACAGUAUACCUCAUUUAGGCAAAAGUAACCUAAAUUCCUUCCUAAAUUGUCAAGUUUUCAAAUCUAUUUAUGCAACCCUUAAAUUAAAAAAAAUUAAUAUAUAUUGCAUCAGUGUUAAAUAUUCAGUAUUCAAUUGAAUUUAUAAUAUUUCCGGCAGAUAUUUUGUCCUGUGAUUGAGUCUAUAAACUGUAAACUGUUUGCAUGAUUCUGUGGUAUCUACACUAUUACGUAUUCAGUCAUGUUUUCUCCCUUGAGAUACAGAAAAAUUAUUUGUAACUUGCAUGUUACAUAGUAUUUUUUCCCCCCAAAGCUUUAAGCAAAAUAAUACCUCUUAUGGCCAGCUUCUGGACCAAGCCAAAUCUUGGAGUAAACAUCCCAUUUAAAAUUCAUUUUAGUCUCAAAAUGCAUGUAAGACUCAGGCUAGCAUCGCUGAAGAUGAGAGCAUCUUUUAAAUGGUUUGAAAACCAAGAUGAAAUUGAAAGAGUUUCUUCAUGUUUGUAAUAAUUUUGAACUGCACAUUAAAAACAGCAGUUUGAUCAUAGAUUGUGUGUUUCUGUUUGGUAGUAGACAUCUUUGUAUAACAUUUUAUUGAAAGAACAUUUUGUUUUAUUAAUGAAAUUUAAUUUAUUAUUUUAAUGUAAUAUAUGUACGUGGCUUUUGGUGCCAUUCUUUCAAAUGCAGUAACUUUAAUAAAUAACCGGAUUACGUCUGAUUUUGAAA